AUGGUUUCAGGCAGUAAUGACAAGAAUACACCGGCCGUAGUUUCCUUGGUUGCCGGGGGUAUAGCAGGAGGAAUUGAAGGCUUCUUAUCUUACCCUUUGGAAUUCGCGAAAACUCGAGUGCAACUAAGAGCUGAAAAAGGCAUACCGACACCACGAAAUCCGUUCGCCGUUGUGACUGGGGUCUACCAACAGGAAGGCGUUAGGGCUUUGUACAAAGGUUGUGGAGCGCUUGUCGUGGGCUCAAUAGCUAAAGAUGCAGUGCGCUUUCUCUUCUUCGAUCAAAUCAAGGAAAGUUUCGCGGACCCUGAGACGGGCACCCUCUCACCAUUACGAAAUCUUUUGGCAGGCAUGACUGCUGGAGUAGUAGCAUCCAUUACAGCUGUUACGCCGACAGAACGUAUCAAGACGGCACUUAUUGAUGACGCACGACACGAGAAGAGAUUUCGAUCAGGUUUACAUGCAACUGCUACUAUCUGGAAAGAGCAUGGGAUCUUGGGAUUGUACCGAGGUUUUGCAGGAACCACUCUCAAACAAGCAUCUGCCACAGCCUUUCGCAUGGGAACUUAUAAUAUCCUGAAGGACUACGAGAAGACAAAAAACAUCGAACAAAAUACUCUGGUCAAUUUUGCCAACGGUUCCGUGGCUGGUGUAGUUACGACGCUAUCCACCCAGCCCUUCGAUGUCAUCAAGACACGUAGCCAAAGCGCAAAGGGUACCACUACUCUCGAAGCUAUGAAGAGCGUUUUGCUGGACUAUGGUAUACGUGGAUUUUGGAAGGGUACAACUAUGCGGCUAGGGCGUACAGUGUUCAGUGGUGGCAUCCUUUUCACAAGCUAUGAAGCUGUUGUCAAGAUCAUCAUGCCCUUAUAUCCAGGGCUGAGUAAAUCUGCAGAUGCUGCGUCUUAA